UUUCCAAGACUCGAGAACAACGUUUCCCCGCCUACUCAUCGUCACCACCGACCAGGAUCACACACUCCGCAACCCAUGGAGCAGAGAGAGCCUCAACCAACCAAAACGCGCCACGUGGUGGCCAUGCCUUAUCCCGGCAGAGGCCACAUCAACCCGAUGAUGAACCUCUGCAAGCUCCUCCUCCACCGCAACCCAAACCUCACCGUCACCUUCGUCGUGACGGAGGAGUGGGCCGGGUUCAUAGGAUCCGACCCGAGACCCGACUCGAUCCGACUCGCCACCCUCCCCAACGUCAUCCCUUCCGAGCUCGUUCGCGCCGAUGACUUCAUCGGGUUCGUCGACGCCGUCUUCACGAAGCUCGAGGAGCCCUUCGAGAACCUCCUCGACGGCCUGCCCGGGUCGCCGCCUCCCGCCGCCAUAAUCGCUGACACUUACGUUGUCUGGGCCGUCGCCGUCGGUCGCCGGAGGAAUAUUCCGGUGGCUUCUCUCUGGACCAUGUCGGCGACGAUUCUCUCCCUCUUCCUUCACUCCGACGACCUCGCCCGACACGGCCACUUUCCCGUCGACCCGUCAGGAUCCAAAGAGGACGAGAUCGUGGACUACAUCCCGGGAUUACCCCCGACGAGGCUCCGCGACCUGCCGGCGAUCUACCACGGCUACAGCCACCAAGUGUUCAACAAGGCCAAGAGGUGUUUCGACGAGCUCUUCAAAGCUAACUACCUUCUCUUCACCUCAGCCUACGAGCUCGAACACAAAGCUGUCGACUUUUUCACCUCCAAGUUCCAUUUCCCGGUCUACACCAUCGGCCCAUCAAUACCUUUCACAGAACUUUCCGAUUCCAAUGAUGGCAACCGUGGUGAUCAUGAUUACCUCCGGUGGCUUGACCAGCAACCGGAAAGCUCCGUGCUUUACAUUUCCCAGGGGAGUUUUCUUUCGGUUUCCAAAGCCCAAAUGGACGAAAUCGUCGCCGGAGUGAAGGACAGUGGUGUCCGGUUCAUCUGGGUGGCGCGUGGGGGCGCGUCCGUGCUGAAAGAGGCUCUCGGUGAUUGCCAGGGGCUAGUGGUGAGCUGGUGCGAUCAGCUCCGGGUGUUGAGCCAUGCGGCCGUGGGCGGAUUCUGGUCUCAUUGCGGGUUUAACUCCACUCUGGAGGGCACAUACGCUGGCCUACCGAUACUGGCGUUUCCGUUGUUUUGGGAUCAGAUUCUGAACGGGAAAAUGAUCGUGGAGGACUGGAGGGUCGGGGUGAGGAUCAAGGGAAAGGACGAGGAGGAUUUGAUCAAGAGAGAUGAUAUCGAGGGGAUUGUGAAGGGAUUUAUGGAUUUGGAGAACGAGGAGGUGAAGGAGAUGAGGAGAAGGGCUCGUGAACUUAGCGAGAUUUGCCGGGCUGCGAUUGCAGAAGGUGGUUCAUCUGAUGGUAACAUCAAUGCUUUCAUUAGAGACAUCAUUACCAAGUUUCCUUGAGAUCUCAUUGUCUGGUUUGAUGUCGUUGUAUUUGUUAAUCAAUGGUCUUACUUGGACAUGGAUAGUUUUGUUAGAACUUGAUUGAUCCUUUCUACGUGGGACUUGUUGCAUGCAUGCAUGCAUAUCUGUUCUUUUACGUGUGUGUUCUAUAUGAGGAGGAUGUCAUGUCUAUUUGAA